AUGAGGGACCCUGAGGAGCUGCCGGACCGGCUGCAGGAAGAGGGGACUAAAGGUCCAUUCUCUGGGCGGGAAGAUUCGCGGAGGACACUGGAGUCACAAAGAGCACAUGAAGAGUCCUUGUCUAGACCCCUGGACAAGGGGCCUCGUUCUCCUUCCAAGACGAUGCUCCAUUUGGUGGCAGGACCGGGAGAGAACAGCUCAGAUGCAGAUUCUCACCUUGUUGCAGCUCUUUGGGUUUGUUUGUUUUUUCAAGAGAUGGAGACUGUAUAUGUUGUCUACAUUGACCCCAAACUUGCGCUCACAGGAUCCUCCUGCCUCACUGUUCUGCGUAGCUGGGAUUGGGUGAAGAAUCCCCCUAACCUCCUGGGAAGGAGGGCCACACGGGAGCAUGUCUCCAGCCCUCUGGCUGCUCACUCCAUCUUCCAGGCCACCUCUGCCUCCCGUUACUUGAAAUUAAAAACUGGUGGCUGGCAAAGUAACUCACUUAGGUUUGGUUCCCCAGCCUCAUGUCAGGCAGCUUUCAACUACCUGGACCUCAUCCCAGGGAAUCUAAUGCCCUCUUCUGGCCUCCAUGGGCACCUGCGUAGGGCAGUGUACAUAUAUACACCCAGAGCAAGUCUGCCCACCCAGGGCGCUGCCAGGGCUACAGCCACUGUCCCAGGCGCCGGGCUCCAGGGUCCCCAGGGAGACUCCCACCAGACCUGCUCUCAGGAGCCUCACAGUCCUUCCAGUGCCGAGGCACCUUACUGCGACCUGCCCUGCUGCCCGCCGGCCCCUCAGGACCCACUCGGCACCACCACCUGUGCUGGCCACUCUGUGGAAGGCCUUGACCUCAGGCAGGGCCCUCAGAGGGGCUGGUCCCCAACAGCAGCUCUCCCUGCCGAGGGCCCUACAACUGCCCCAAGGAACAGGCACCAGGACCCUGAGGCAUUACCCUAUCUGGAGGGCCUGGCCUGUAGUAGCCGUGACAACGAGGGUGCCAACUCUGACACCAGCUCCAGCCAGGACAGCAGUACCCCUCAUGAGACCAGUAAUUCUUCCUCUGUGGAUUGGGACACUGUUGAGAGGCCAGGGGUGGUCUCCAACGCGUACAGACUCAACGUGAUGAUUCCGAGGAGGCCUCAGGAGGGGUUGAAAGCUGACAGUGCUCGAAGGGUCACCAAGUCCCCUGCCAGAGGGGACACAGUGGGCCAGAGAAAGGAAGAUUCCGGCAGUGGGGGACAGAGUGCUGGUCAGCACUGGGUGAAGCUGCGGGCAGAAAGCGGCUACUUCUCCUUGGAGCGACGUCGCGCAGAACAAACCCAUGCUUCUUCUGGGACACCACUGAGUGGGCCUCGGACUACCACCCAGGCUGCUUCUGCUCAAAGGGAUGUCUUCCAGGAUGCUUCUGCACCAGAAACCUCCCAAGCUCCCUCUCUACCCCGUAACACCCAAAGAGACACCCCCAGGAGCUUAGUCACACAGCGGAAUAGCCCCAGAACGUCCUCUCCUUCAAGAGUGUCCCAAAGGGACAUUCAUAGAACCAUGUCCACCCAACAAAGCAGCGCUCCACUUUCCUCUCCCCUCAGAGCCACUUCAGAGAGCCUCAAGACCUCUACACCCAAAGGUGGCCCCCACAUCGCAUCAUCUCCUUGUGCCCAAGCCUCCUCUGUCAACAGAACCACCCAGCAGGACAACCCCAGGACUCCCUGUGUCCAGAGGGACAAUCCCAGAAGCUCUUCCCCCAACAGAACCACCCAACGGGACAACCCCAGGACCCAGCGGGACAACCCCAGGACCCAGCGGGACAACCCCAGGACUCCCUGUGCCCAGAGGGACAACUCCAGAACCUCCUCUCCCAACAGAACCACCCAACGGGACAACCCCAGGACUCCCUGUGCCCAGAGGGACAACUCCAGAACCUCCUCUCCCAACAGAAUCACCCAGCGGGACAACCCCAGGACCCAGCGGGACAGCCCCAGGACUCCCUGUGCCCAGAGGGACAAUCCCAGAACCUCCUCUCCCAACAGAACCACCCAGCGGGACAACCCCAGGACUCCCUAUGCCCAGAGGGACAACUCCAGAACCUCCUCUCCCAAUAGAACCACCCAGCGGGACAACCCCAGGACCCAGCGGGACAACCCCAGGACUCCCUGUGCCCAGAGGGACAAUCCCAGAACCUCCUCUCCCAACAGAACCACCCAGCGGGACAACCCCAGGACUUCCUGCAUACCACAGAACACCCCCAGGACCCCUUCUACCCAAGGAGACAAGACUACAGCCUCCUGCAGUAGAUGGGAGCAUCUCCGAAGUGCCUGUACCCAAAAAGACAACCCAGGACCAUCAUCUCCCCGCCGUGCCACUCAGGGCAAUAGCUCCAGGAACCCUUCUCCCCACCGUACCAACAAAGAUAUCCCUUGGGCCUCCUUUCCCCUUCGGCCAACCCAGAGUGGGGGUCCUCGAACCUCAUCUCCACCUCGCACCAAACAAAAUCAGGUGCCUUGGGCAUCCAUUUCUCUCCGACCAACCCAGGUGGACAGGCCUCAGACUACAGCGCCUACCAGACUAGCCCACCACGACCCUCCCCAACACUAUUCCCCAUCCCUAGCCACCUCCUCUCAUAAUCCAGGCCAUCCUAGUGCCUCUCGGACUUCAUCACCUCUGCACCCAGCACGAGGGGCUCCCCAGACCGCUUCAGAGCCCUUCCAGCCACUGUGUGCUGUGUGCAUUGGGCACAGGGAUGCACCUCGCGCCUCUUCGCCCCCUCGCUAUUUUCAGUAUGACCCUUUCCCCUUUUUUCCAGAUCCCCGCUCCUCUGAGAGCGAAUCGCCCCACCACGAACCCCCCUACAUGCCACCUGCAGUGUGUAUUGGGCACCGUGAUGCCCCCUGGGCCACUUCACCACCUCGUCAUGCCCAGUUUGAUCCCUUCCCCUUCCUCCCAGAAAUGUCAGAUGCUGAGAACGAGUCCCCUCAGCAUGAUCCCCCACAAUUUCCCCCACCAGUGUGCAUUGGGUACCGUGAUGCCCCCCGGGCCUCUUCCCCACCACGCCAGUUCCCAGAGCCCUCCUUCUUCCAGGAUCUCCCCAGGGCCAGCACAGAGAGUCUGGUCCCUUCCACAGACUCUCUGCAUGAACCUCCCCACAUCCCCACUCCUGUAUGUAUUGGACACAGAGAUGCCCCCUCCUUUUCCUCCCCACCACGCCAGGCCCCUGAGCCUUCCCUCUUUUUCCAGGAUCCUCCUGGGACCAGUAUGGAGAGCCUUGCCCCUUCUAUUGACUCUCUGCAUGGUUCCCCACUGCUGCCCCCCCAAGUAUGCAUCGGUUAUCGGGAUGCACCCAGAGCCUCCUCUCCUCCCCGUCACCCACCCAGUGAUUUAGGUCUCCUGGCCCCCUCCCCUCCCCCAGGUAGCUCAGGUUCUCGGGGCUCAGCACCCCCAGGGGAAACCAGACACAACCUGGAAAGGGAGGAGUACACCAUGCUGGCUGACCUGCCCCCACCCAGGAGGCUGGCCCAGAGGGGUCCAGAGCCCCAGGCACAGGGCAGCAACGAGGGCCGUACCCGCAGCCCUGGCCGGGCAGAGGUGGAGCGCCUCUUCGGGCAAGAGCGCAGGUGA